AUGGACGGGGCGUUGGGCUUUUUGUCAUCCCUGCUCGAUCGUGGACUUGGUCGAGGGCAAGAGACGACGGAUCCGAUCACCACGCGGCCGGUGAAUACGUACGGGAGCGACGGGAGCGACGGGAGCGAUGGAGCGAAGACGCGGCGGCGAGCGCGACCGGCGGCGCCGAAACCGACGCUGAGCGAAGAAGACGAGCGACGGUCGACGUACAUUGAGAACGCGAAAUACUUGUUGAUCACGUGCGUGGUGUGGGUGCACGCUUUGGAUGACUUUUUAGCGACAGCCACGAUCGUGAAUGCCGAGAGCGCGAGCGUGCGGCGAACUAAACUCGACGUGAUGGAGCCGGCGUUGCCGUGGAUUCGAGCGCUCUAUCUCACGCUGGCGACGUUUAGCAUGCCUCUUUUUACCGCUCUGGCGGGAUUCCAGAGCAAGUCGUGGUUGGAAAUCGCGAGAGGAUACGACGCCAACGCCUCGGUGAUGCUCGCGCGCGUGCAAAAGUCGACGUCCACGCUGAUAGGAGGGUGGGUGUUUUGGCAAGCGUUGUACGUCGCGGUGUCGUAUUCAGACGUAUCACCGCUGCAAUGGUGGUCACCCGUCGGCGUCACGUGGUUCCUGAUCGCACUGUGGGUGUGGCGAAACAGCGUAUUACUCCUUGGGGCGCUGAGAGAUAGCACAAUCUACGCAAUCGUGUGCGUAUUAGCCAUCGCCGUCGGUUUCACUGAUACGCCGUCGACGAAGAAUGGAUUGGCGUUUUUGGAUUGGCAACGCGUGUGCGCAUACGCCAUAUACUUCUACGCUGGGUUAGUUUUAGUAAAGCGUGAGCACGUGGACGAGAUUUUGAGGCGAUUCAUGCAUCUUAGCAGGCCUUGGAUGCGCUUCGCCGCGGGAUAUGGCGUUCUCGGCGUCGUUUUUGGCGCGUUUAUGCUGUCGGAUGUUCUCGGCGAGCCUUUCGGCGAAGUGCAAGAGUGGCUGCUCGUCGUCUCUCCUUAUGGGGUAACCAAGUGGUACCAUCCGAUCAUCGAGGCCCUUUGGCGCGUCGUGCUUUAUCUCGUCGUCGCUUUGGCCUCAGUGGCGUUCAUGAGCGUCGUGCCGACGGAGGAGUACUUCUUCACGGAAUUGGGAUCGCGGACGCUCACAGCCUAUUUGCUUCAUCGCGUGUUCCUCACGACUUACACCGACAUCACGACCAAGUUUUGGGACGAUGAUGACAUCGAUGUCGCGUUCCAAAUCACCAUGGGCGUCUUCAUGUUACCCCUACUAGUGUCUCAAGUGUGCUUGACCAGAGCCGUGACGACAUUUUGCGCGCCCCUCGUCGACCCUGCGUCGCGAAUGGCGGAGACGAUGCCGUGGAUUUUUCACGCUCGAUACGACGCUUACGACACGACGGAAGAAGAAGAGAUCAUCGACGUCGCCGCUCGCGAUGGUAUCGAGACACCGCUCGAUCCUACGGAUCGCGAUGUCGCGCGCUCGUGGCGAAGCGGAGAGUAA